UUGAAGAAAGAGAAUGCUUAUAUGUUACAACUCAUUUUAAGAAAUCACAAUAUGCAUGUGAUCACCUUCUCGCUUAUUUCAUUUGCAAAUGCUCUUUCAUCGAAAAAUCGUAAAUAAUUGAGCAAAAUAGAGCCUAAACCAAAUAUAGGUAAAAUUCAGAAGAGUCAUCAAACAUAUAACAUAGUAUCAAAUGCAGAAUAGGUACUCCUACAGUCAUAUACACAUGCCAUGAAUCUCUCAGAAAUCAACACUUCACCACCUGGUCAUGAAAAAUGAACUAGUCGGCAAGUGCUAUCAUUUUGAAGGCUACUUUUUGCUCUCUCCCUCUCAUAAUCUUCUCCCUGUGCAUAAAUAUGAUAACCAUCCUCCAACAGUUCGAAAACAAUACCAAAAGAAGUAUUGAACUAGGAGUUUCAUGGUGCAUUUAUUGUGACAUAUUGCAUGUGCUCUGGAAUAUCCUAUAGUUUGGCUUAUGCUACUUACUGUUUACCCACCACUUACCUAUCAUACUCAGUGUGUGAUACUCCUACUCUUUCUUUAUGUAACUGUCUUCUCUAUACCUCUUAACCAACAUCAUCUCUUGAUUUUUAAGCCCCUUUUCUCCCAAAAUCAAAACACUAACUUCAUUUUUCAUCUCGAUUCAAAGGGCAAAUGGGUGAGGAUGCAAAACAAGAAGCUGCAGAGGAGAAGAAAGAGUCUAAACCACCAUCUCCAAUUGUGUUGUUUAUUGACUUACAUUGUAUAGGAUGCGCCAAGAAAAUAAAAAAAUAUAUUAUGAAAAUGAGAGGAGUUGAGGGAGUGGUGAUUGAUAUGGCUGAAAAUCAAGUUACCAUAAGGGGAACAGUGGAGCCUGAAGCAAUAUGUAACAUAAUUACGAAAAAAACAAAGAAAAAAGUCCAAGUUAUGUCUCCAUUGCCAGAACCAGAAGUAGAACCUACACCAGAAAUUGUUACUUCUCUGGCUAUUGAACCGGUUACUGUGGAACUUAACAUAAACAUGCAUUGUGAGGCCUGUGCUGAGCAGCUCAAACGGAAGAUAUUCAAAAUGAGAGGAGUUCAAACAGCAGUGGCAGAGCUUAGCACAGGGAAGGUCAUUGUGACUGGGACCAUGGAUGCAAACAAGCUAGUAGACUAUGUCCAUAGACGCACCAGAAAACAGGUCAAAAUAGUUCCCCAGCCAGAACCUGAACCCUUAGCAGAAAAGAAAGAAUUAGAGAACCCUGGAGCAGAAGAGGUCAAACAUGAGGAAGAGAUAGAAGAAAAGGAAGAGGAGAAACCAGCAGAGGAUACUAAGAAAGAAGAAGGUGGAAAUGAUGGUAAUAAUGAGAGUAAAGAAGAGAAAGGUAUUGAAGAAGAAGAAGUGGCAAAGAAAGAAGUGGUUGGUGAUGAGAAUGGAGUGGUGGUUAACGUUGAUGAUGAAAGCAUGAAGAAGAUGAUCUACUCCUACUAUUACCAACCACUCUAUGUUAUUGAACCACCCCCUCAGCUAUUCAGUGAUGAAAAUCCCAAUGCAUGUUGCAUUUCAUAAACUCAUCACAAGAUCAAUGAAAGAAAGAAGGAGAAAGGAUUCCAUAUUGUGAAAUAUUGUUUUUAAUUAAUUUGAUGUAUGAAGAAUAUUACACAGAUAGUAAUAAUAGUUUUUUAAUUUUUUCCUUUCUUCGAUUAUUUGCUGUUUGCAAACAUGUUAAUGCAUGUAAGAGCAAAUGUGACAAGAUCUUGGGA